GCUUGGGUUCAUCUGCGUUUCAAAGACCGGCUUGUCCCAGUGGCCGAACCUUGAGACUUGAAGUAUGUUCUCUUCUUCUGGCGUCAUCAGUACGGACAGAGCAAGAAAAAUAGACAUAGAUGGUUUUUUCUUUUCAUUAACAUGCUGAUCGAGGAUUACUUUGCUAUGUUUUCGGACCAGUUGGAACAACGUCAAGUCAAAAUCUGUAUGAAAUGCGAGCAGCAGAAUGCGUCUUUCCUGCCUUGUGGUAGCUGUGAGCUGCAGCCAAGAAGUAAUUCGGGCCCUCGCUAGUACUUCUGCAAGCGUUUCAACAUCCGCGGACAUGCUGCGCAAGUAUUUCAUUCCUGUGGAGGCGGAAUCUCGCGCCUUGGUCGACGAGCUGCUGCACUAUGCGAAAACUGAAAUCACAAAGCACUACGAUGCCAUCGCGCAAAACCUGGCAAAAAACCAUCUCACCAACAAGACCAUCGACCUCCUCUGGCCCGGCGCGGGAUACCUCUCAGUGGCGUGCGGCGGACAGUGGCAAGUGUUCUCGGAGCUGAAACAUUUAAUCAAAAUAGACCGAAUCUGUGGCGCCAGCGGCGGCGCGUGCAGUGCGAUUCUGGCGGCCCCCAACACGGAUGCGCGGUUUUUGCUCAACGCGUACUUGGCCUACGCAAAACAUCAGGAAACCGAGGGACUGUCGUCCGAAGCGUGGCGCGUGACGGACUUGUGGAGGGAGGUGUACUUGGAGCAAGUAAGGCGGAGAGGAGUUGCACAUGAACAAGAAAAGACGCUUUUAUUGAAAAAGCGCUUCAUCGCAGUUUCCUCUCACAUGAUAUCCGCACCAAACACCGUCUUUCACGACUUUUCCAGCGCCGAGGAGCUUGCCAACGCCGGGGUCGCGAGUGGAGAGCUAACGCCCUAUGGAAUGACAAAGGGAGUGUUUGUCUCCGAUAGCGAUAACCCCAACGUCCCGCGAAACUGGUACGGUAGUCCUCAGCGUUACAUGGAUGGCGGGCUCGCGACGCACCUGUCAUUUGUUCAGGACGCAGACAUCAUACGCAGAAGCGAAAAUUAUAAAGAACACCGCCCUCCAAAUCCGUUCCUCACGUACAGUACAUUUUUCCCGGGAAGAACCAGUAACGCAAUCCGGUGCACGAAGGAAUCCGUUGAGUGGCUCUUUCGACAGGGAGUGGACGACACCGUGGAAUUCUUGCUCAAUCCCUCCCUUUCCUCCACGGAAAGGAUCAUGCUCCACCGUGCCGACCAGUGGGACUACUCCGGCAUAAUUGGCGGCGACAUGACCAUAUCCCGGCACGGCCGACAGAUUGUGGAAGAACAAAUUUUCGCGCAAAUUCGCGAGGUCAGGGAGAACAACGGCUCAUCUUCUGCUGCGGCGAAAAAUUUCGCGUGGGGAAAUCGCGCAGUGUUCGGUCAGCAUCAAGAGUCAUCCUCGUUCUUGCAAAACAGCUUCGGAACCGAACCAACAAACUUCAUUCGCUUGUCCAACGAACGGCAGGAUGUUAGAGCACCACCGCCUCCCGGUGAAAACGACGACGAGCUAUUUACUUGGCCUCUGAUUGCGCGACCUCAUAAUAGUGCCACGCGAUGAAUCUUGUUCCGUUCUUGAGCACCCACAUUUUCUGGCG